ACAAGAAGGCACGACUCCACCGGAGCAACCCCGCCGCCGCCUUUUGCUGCAUGGACCUGUGAAACUGACGAGAAAUGGUCAAACUACAAAACACAUAGCUUUUCUCUAUGAGGAUGAGUUACUCAUAUCAAACACUAGAUACAAAAACAAAUUGAAAUGGAAAUACCAGAUCCCGCUUAAAACCAUAUGGCUUGCCAAAGGUGCUGAAGGGGAAGGCGACGCCCACAAAAUAAGAACAUUUCAGUUGGGAUGGCCUAUGAACAAUUUUUCAGCAAAGUUCUCUUCCGUGGCUUUUAAGGAAAAGUGGAGUAAUUUACUUGAAAGGUAUAUCACUCAUGCUAAGGAAUUGGAAGGAGUAUCAAGUUCUCUAAUAAAAAUUGACGUGAAGAAUAUCAACAACUGUUCCCGCUCUGGAAUUGUAACCGUUAACAGUUUAGACACGGCCAAAGAUGUUAUUCGCAUGGUAUUACCAGUACUGGGAUUAACUGGCUCAGAAAAGGAUUACCAACUGUGGGUACAUGGUGGAAAGAACGUGCCUCCCUUCCCACUCAUGGGUCACGAGCACCCGUAUGUUAUUCAAGAACAUUACCAUGAGUUUUCACCCGAUCAGUGCACACCGGAGAAGUCCACCUCUCCUUCCAGCGUUCGGCAGUCCAUUCCAAAGAUCUUAAUGUAUAGACAAUUGCAGUUUGUCUUGAAAUGCCGUGACAAACCAAGAUCCCAGCUUAGGGGUGGAUUCCUCAGAAGCUGCCUGUCAUGCUGGCGGGCCACAACAGUCCAGAAUGAUCCUCCACAGGACACCGAUUCUUCCGUGGAGUUGAAUGUGCCUCAAAUGGAUGACCUUGCAAGAACAAUUUUGGUAGGUGUCAUUGUGCUCUCCUGA